CCCUUACACAUUCCAUUCCAAUUUCCACCGCAGGCGAGUGUAGAAAGAGAAACUCGAGGAGCGACGCUCUUCAGUGUCAAAUUAGCGAACACAUGGAGGCUUGGAGGUUGAUGUACCCAACGACCUCCACAGUUCUCUUCAGAAGCGUAAGACCAUUGAAUUCAAAGCUCUCACAGUCCGUUCUGCCCUCUCUCACAAUGUUACACACGGCUGAAGGGUCGGGUAGGAGGGCGUAUGAUGCAUUGCUGUUGGAUGCCGGAGGCACGCUUCUGCAGUUGGCUAAGCCCGUUGAAGAGACCUAUGCGGCUGUCGGGAGGAAAUAUGGUCUGAAUGCAACUGUAGGUGAGAUAAAGCAAGGAUUUAAGAGAGCAUUUUCUGCUCCUUGGCCUGAGAAGCUUCGUUAUGAGGGAGAUGGACGGCCAUUUUGGAGGCUGAUUGUUUCUGAAGCAACAGGAUGCUCAAAUGACAAUUAUUUUGAAGAAGUAUAUGAGUACUUUGCAAAUGGUGAUGCUUGGCGUCUUCCAAGUUCAGCAUAUGAAACAUUAUGCUUUCUCAAAGAUGCUGGAGUUAAGUUGGCUGUUGUCUCCAAUUUUGACACCCGCUUGAGGGGACUGUUGAAGGACCUCAAUGUUGUAGAUCUGUUUGAUGCCACUAUUGUAUCUUCAGAGGUUGGAUACGAAAAACCAGAUGCCCAAAUCUUCAGAGCUGCUUUAGAUCACAUCUGUGUGGAAGCUGGCAAAGCAGUACAUGUUGGAGAUGAUGAAAAAGCUGAUAAGGUUGGAGCCAAUACCAUUGGGAUCGAUUGCUGGUUGUGGGGUUCAGAUGUGAAGACCUUUGUGGAGAUAAGAGACCGCAUCCUCAGAUCAGACCCAUAGCUUCUAUUGAAUUUCAAGUGUCGUUCUCCCAGCAUUCUUUCUGUCAAACAUGGUCUUCCAUCAAUGUUGCGAGGUUUCUGAUGAGCUACAAUAACGACAUGUCCUACCAUGAAUAAAGUUAAAGAAAAACUAAAGGGGACUGGUAGGAAUGCAAGUGCUUGCACACAUCGUUUGUACAGUGUUUUUGAAUUCCGGAUUAUAUAGAAACUUCAAUAAACUCAUAUUCCUUAUGCUGCAUUUCGUAUGUUUGUGGAAGGACUUACACUUUGAUGAUGAAUUGGGAGAUAUUUUCUGUUUGCUUCUAGA